AUGCCUAAGGAUCAGAGAAUAGCAGCAGACUUCUGGAGCCUUCAGUCAGUGCUGGCCCUGUUGGGAUUCAGAGAGCCCUACACACCUGAUCCACAUCUCAUCCAGCAUGAUGAGCAUCAGGACCCAUCGUCACUCCAGCAUCUCGCCAUGCAGAGUCUUCUGAGCAGCCAGUCCCUGGCCAUCUCUGCCCUGGAGGACAUACCGGUGGUGCUGUUCCCUUUGGUCUUCAUGGAGGUCUAUGCCCGGAGCCACACAGAAGCGCUGAAGGCCGUGGUGCAGGACUGGCCCUUCCCCUACCUCCCCCUGCACGACCUGGCAGAAUCACCAGAGCCACAAACCUUCAAGGCUGUCCUGGAUGGGCUCGAGCUGCUACUUGCCAAGAAGGAGCACCCCAGUCGGUGGAAACUACAAGUGCUGGGUCUACAGAAGGGGCACUCAGACAUCUGGACACAGGGCUACCCCACCGUGCCCCAAAUCUCCUAUCCAGACAUUCUGACUGACAAGCCAACAGUAAGCUGCUGUUCUGGGAUGUGUGAACAGCCGCCCUUGGUGAUAGUCACGGACCUGACCCUCAAACAAGGCAUCCAUGAUGCUCUCCAAUCCUACCUGCUCCAGUGGGCCCAAGAGAGGAAAGAAGGAGUCCAGCUGUGCUCCAGGAAGCUUCUGUCUGACUCAUUCUCUGAAAUCCAGAAGGUUCUGCAGGUGGUGAGGCUGGACUCCAUCCAGAAACUGAUGGUGUGUGAACUCUGGAAUCCAGAAACCAUGAAACCAUGUGUUCCUUAUCUGAGCCUGAUGAAAAACCAUCACAUCCCAAGCAUUUCUAAUCGGCUUGAGUACUUCUGCACUUUCAAAAGCAGAGUUGGCUCCUAUUCCUGGAAAUCGAAGGCAUAUUUUUGGCAUCUGCCACAUGUCCAGGAACUACACAUGGAAGCCAUUGUUUUCGUUCCUGGAAACCUGCCUGCCAUCAUCAGAAGGCUGUCACCAUUGAGGACCUUGUCUCUGGAUGGUUGUUUACGGGUGGAAACUGACACGUGGUUUCUGCCCCAGCUCCCACACACCAGGCAGCUCAAGUACCUGCUUCUGAGGCAUUUGCCCAUGAAUGCCCUCAGUCCUGAGCCCCUGAGAGUCCUGCUGGAGCUCGUGGUUGGUACCCUGGAGACUCUGGUCCUGGACCGCUGUGUGACAUGA